GCAAUCAGUCAUUCCUCGGCCAGCGUUCAUAGGCGGCCAGUCGGUAUCCUGUUCCUCCCCGUCGUAGUCAUGGCAACAGGCAGUAAACGGCCACGAGGGGGGCAACUCCCUCCAUUUGUGCCAGUGCCUGGCCACAAGCAAGCAGAACUGAGGCGAACACAUGUGGUGUGGGAGUGGGCGGAAAGGGGGCAGGAAUGGGGGUUGACGAGCGGAGGCAACUUCCUCCUGCGCUGCCGACUGUGUGGGGAGGUGUUCACGGGUUCGAGGUCUAGAGCAGUGGAGCACUUCACGAAACCGAAGGCACACUGCCCCCGACGGAAUGGGGAGAUUUUGUAUAGACUGCAAGCGGCUGGUGCUUUGUUGAGGGAUGCAUUGUCACUCAGACUGGCUGCUGAGCACGCAGACAAGAUGGAUAGAGAGCUUGCCGCCGAGGACCUGCGGGAGUUGGACGAGCCAUCUGACCCGGUGCAGGAUUGUGCAGGAGGAGUUGGAGACAGUGAUCAUGGUGAGGGUGGUACACAGCAGGGGCAGGAUGUCGGGACUGUGACAGAUGAGUUGCGGGGCGUUGAAGGUUUAGGACAUGGUGGAGGGGAUGGAGGGGGAGCUCGGGUUACUCGCACGACGGCCACCACCUCCACACAGGUGGUGCUGAGGAGGAGACAGACGACCCUAGAUAUUCAUCUAAAGAGCAAGGUCCAACAGGAUCUUGAUCGUCUGUUGGCCCUUGCUAUCUAUCGAGGUGGAGUGACCUUCAACUGGUUGCGGUUGAAGGAGACGCAAGACUAUUGGAACUACAUAGUCACACUCCUGCGUCCUUCGAUCGUGCCGGUGCCACGGCUGCUGACAUACGAGGGAGUCCGCACAAGGAUGAUGGACAUCAUUUUCCACGAGGUAGCAACCCUCAUUGCACCUAAAAAGGCAAAGCGGGCUACCACAGGAUGCACGCUGCUCAUAGACGGGGCUACCGACACGACCAACAAGCCCAUCAUUUACUUCAUAGCAGCAGGACAGUCCGGACUCAUCCUCAUCCGGACCAUCGACAUGUCACAUCGGGAGAAGACUGGAGUCGGCCUGGCAGAGAUAUGGGAGGGAGUCAUCAGAGAUGACAUUGGCCUUGACAAAGUGAACGCCAUCUGUACCGACAACGCAGAAGUGAUGAAGACAGCAGCCGACAUCUUGCAGUCACACCCCGACCCGGCUAUGCAUCGCAUACCUUGGAUCUCGUGUGCAUCACAUUGCUUGAGCUUGCUGAUGAGGGAUAUUGCGUCGCAGCCUUGGGCGGCCACUGUCAUGAAGAAGGCGCACAAGUUAGUCAAGUUCACGCGCAACAAACAACGAUCCCUAGCACUUCACAAGGCCAUGAGGAACGCUCUAGUACUGAAGCGACCAGCGGAGACGCGUUUUGGGACAGCGUUCAUGAUGUUGGAGAGGCUAUAUGAGCAGAGGGCUGUGCUAGACAAGCUCGUGUUCCUCAAGGAUAUGGACAGGGAUGGGUCAUCACCCACAGGAUUGUGGGAUUUGGAGAGCAUAUUGCAGGGGAGGGUCAGGGGCCUUGGACUGACAGAGGAUGAGAGGAGGGCGAUCAUGGAUAUCAUAUCCGAUAGAUGCAGGAUGAUGCGUCAGCCUGCCCAUGCGGCUGCGUAUCUGUUGGAUCCUCGCCAUCGUGAUAUCUCGUUGCUGACGGACCGCAGCAGCCCAGUCGUGCAGAGUGCGCUAGACCACUUGGCUCGCUGUCAGGGUGCGGGUUGGGAGUCUGAUUCUGUGCAUAAGCUUUGGCAGGCAUUGUGGACUUUCCAUUGCGAGGACCCUCGCUAUUGGCCGAAGAGUGGAGCGCACUGGUGGAACGAGUUUGCGGUGAAGGACGAGGCGGAGGGGGGGAUGCAUGCAGCGAUGUGGUGGGAGCUUCACGGUGGUAAGGAGCCGAGACUGCAGACGAUUGCAAAGAGGGUUUUGGGUAUGUGGUCCACGGCCAGUCCUUGCGAGAGGAACUGGUCCACCCACGAUUUCAUCCACACGAAGAGGAGGAACCGCCUUUCUGCAGAGAGUGUCGAGAAGCUGGUUUUCAUUCACUGGAACUUGCAGCUCCUCAGUGCCAGCAGGAGGACGGAAAUGCGGUACAUUUAUGUGUGGGAGGACCAGGUGGAGGACCCCACGGAGGAGAUCAAUGGUGACGACAGUGUCCCCGCAGAGUUGCCAGAGGAGGAGUGGGAGGAGAUCGACAGGUGGAACAGGAGGAAGGAGGGCCGUAAUCGAUUUGGGAAGGGGAAGGCACCGAUGGAGGAUGAGGAUGAGGAUGAGGAGGGUGAUGAGGCCCUUUGGCAGGAUGCGGUGUGGAUGCACAGAGAGAUGAUGGAGGCGCAGCAGGAGCGGAGAGACGCAGGUCGUACGUUGCCUGAGGACCAGCAUGACUUAUUGGACGAGUGGGGUGGAGCGGACCCUCACACCGAUUUCGAUGCGUACAUCGGGCAGAGUGUGGAUACCGUGAGGAGUCCACGGGGGAGGGUUGGGGGUCGGCUAGAUUUGGAGGAGCUUUUGACCGGGGAUGGUGAGGCAAGCGGCACAGAGGUAGGGCAGGAGGAGGAGAGAGGUCAGCACAUUCCACAUUCGUCGAUUGCCGGAGAGGGAGGACAUACUGGGGGUGUUCCAGUUGAUGCACGUAGGUCGGCUCCUGCAGCACCCCAUCAUGCUGCUAAGAGGAUUCUGCGAGGGGCAGAGGAGGAGAUGAUUGGGAGGGAGGGUCAUCAUGCGGAUGAGAGGCUGGAGGACACACACCACGUGCGCCAGGUCGCUGAGCAGGUUGUACAUCGAGGCGGCGGUUCACAGAGCAUCACUCAGUCGGUUGUCCAGAGGGUCGUGCUACGUGGCGGGGAUGGUGAUGGACUAGUGGCGGGCGGAGGUGGAGAGCGUAGGGUCAGUGAUGUCAUUCGUCCUACAGUGGUUCAGACCUCGGAGCAGAGGAUUGGUUGUGCUUCCUCAGCGCACGUCAGCCAGAGGGUGGAUGACAGGGCGGACCCAUUACCAGCGUCUGUCGCAGAGCUUGGUGUGGAGCAGAGGGUGGAGGAGAGGGUAGAUGAGAUGGUGCAGGACAGGGCGGAACAGAGGGCUGACUAGAGGAUUGAACACCGGAGAGAGCGGAGGGAUGGACACAACUUGGAGGUUCAGGUGGACGUUACCAUGGACGAGAGCAUAGUUCGACGGAUGGAGGACAGGGGCAGCGAGAGGAGGGGUGUAGCAUCUACACGCGAGAGUAUGAUCCAGAGUGAGGAUGCUCAGGUUGCCACAAAAGGGGGGGGCGAGAGGGAGAGUGAUGUUAGACUGCCGACUGCCUCAUUCUAUGGGAUAAUGCCUAUGCCCACACGUGCCACCCCAUCACCCGAUGCAGCAAGUGUUCAUCUUCUCAGCAGAUCGACGACAGUUGGACGUCAUGGUGGUGGCACUUCAUCUCCCGCAGUGUCCCCUCG